AUGUUCUCCGAACUUGUUUAUCAAAGUGCCGAUGAAUAUAUCCAAACUUGGGAGGAUAUUCUAGCAAGUGCUCUCGUCGUUAUCUCGUGCCUCAUUGGAUUGCUCAUGGUAAUCUUAGCAAUUUAUGGAUGCAUCAAAAUCCCGUCUAUGAGAAUCUCACCUUUCGGAUAUUUGACCAAACAUCAAUUGAUUUCUCAAGGCUUGGCUGCGAUUAAUAGUGGAAGUUUUUUCCUUGCGGUUUUAUUGGAUUUCAAAGUUGUGAUUUAUCAUUCGAACAUUUUUGGUCUCUUCAUAACAAUCCUCCUUCCAAGUAUAUUGCUCAUCUAUUUUGCGAUAUCUCUUAACAGAUUCCUAGCUCUAGCAACCCCGAUUUACUAUUCUACACUCUUCGGUAUAAAGACUAGAAAAUUCUACAUUUUGUUCGCCUGGAUCACUCCAAUCAUCUACAUGUCAAUUCUAUUUAUUCAAUGUAAGUGUCUAAAAAUUUAUUCCCCAACAUAUUUAUUGCAGAUGAUUGCUCUUACAAGUUCUAUCACUAUGGUUGGAUUUUUAUCGAGAAGCCUAGCGAAAUCUGUGGUGCUAAACUCUCCUACCAAAUGGUUAUCUCACAGGGUCUUCUUUGCCUUACCAUGCUUUUUCUGGAUUGUGCAACUAUUGUGAUGUUGGUGUUUUUCAAGGUGAGCAGAGAACUGUUGAGUAGAGCUACUGAACAACAAGGAAAUUAUGAUUAGAAGAAGUGCAGUGAUGCAUUGUAGAUGUGUUUUGCUCGCGAUUUUGGGUGAUCACUGGAAUAUGAAGAUCAGACACCGCGACGCAACCCAACUAAAUUUUUCUAGGACAGAAUCGUCAAAUCCAAAAGCCCAAUAAUCCGCAGACGAGAAAUCAACUUUGCCCAACAAGUCAUAAUCCAAGGUUUUGUUUUCACAAUGCACGCAUUUUGGUACAUCUAUGGAAAUCAAUGGAUCCCAGGAACAUCGGAAAAUUGGCGCAUUUUCUGGACAUCAACUUUUUCUUCAAAUUUGCUACAUAUUUUUGAUUGGUAAGGUUGUAUUUGUGAUGAACUAUCAGAACAUUUUUUCAGCGGAAUAAUCUUCAUCUUUAAUUCGGAAUUUUCAAAUUGGAUUCGAAAUUUGAAGCGAAAAUCGAGAGUUGUUAGUAUUACCGUAAAUCAUUCAUAA